ACGAUGCAUCAUUCUUUCCAAGAAAAUAGUGAAGCGUGUAAAAUAAAAAUGGAGACUAGUAAAUUAGUUAUUCUCAUUAUUUUUCAAAUGUUGACAUUGAAUCCAGAAUUAUUACAGAUUACUGCGGAAAUUUCAAAUCAGACUAUUCAAACGUCUACUGAAGUGCAAAGCGUCGGUAGGCAGAGCAACUCACGAAAAACCCUUAUUGAAGAAAUUGUUGAAAGUUUAGCGCUUGAAGUGGCAGAAAUACGUAAAAGUGUAAAGGAACUGCACUAUCUUCAUUUGCGGACCACCAGACAAAUCUUGGAGGAGACAAAGAAUUCUUGUAGAUUACACGAAUAUCCUCAACCAGAAAUUUCCAAUAUUGUAACGAGUUCCACUAAAUUUACGAAUGGAGAAUUUGUCAAUUUUCCACAAUCAUCUGAGGAGAGAGUUACACCCACAAUUCAGAAUGGAAGCGAUCAUGCAAUCAGAUGUUCCGGUUAUCGCGUCCUAAACGAAUUUAUCCCAGUUGAAAACGUUAUUUCCAAUGACCAACUGCUCGAGGCUGGCUGGGACUCAAUUUACGGUCCUCUGUACUUCUGCCACGCCUUGGUUCGCACAAAUGGAAUUUUGUGCCGACUUUAUGGCAAAGGAAAUCGAAGAACUUGUUGGGUCACGACACCCGCUGGCAAGGAGGUCACGAUUAAGAACAAUUACCACUUGCUCCGCAAACCGGAAGGAGUUCAGCUUCAGUGGCGUCACAAUGCAAAAAAUUGGCCAACCGAUGACGCAGGAUUUCCACAUGCCGAAUUGAAAACGGGAGGAGGAAUAGUGGUGGAAUGGGCGGUGUGGGACGUUUAUACGUGUGGACUUGCACCACGAUUUUAUUUUGGGAGGUGUGACAGAAAUGGGGCGAAGGUGCCGGGAUUAAUUCAUACCCCGAGGGAAAAGUGGGGUGGGAAAAGUAGGUUGGCGUACACCUUUGGUGGGAGGGAAGAGCAUUGCACAGAGUUUGAAGUUCUUGUUUGCAUAAAUAAAUAAAAAUUUUGCAAAUAUGUACAAAUUUAAA